GCAGAAGGACAUUUUCAUCUCUGAUUGAAGUCUGUUUAAUUCAUUUGUUUGAAUGGCUCGUUUGUUGAGUCAGCUCUGAGUCAUUUGACUUUUUGGAUGAUUCUUCAUUUCCAUCCAAAUCAGACUAUGUAGUUAAUCAUUUCACCCAGGCCCUCAUACGCCUACAGCCUAAUCACAGAGAGUUGUGAGAAUCAAACUCUGAAAUGUUGAAUCCUUUAUAAGGGAAGAUGUGGUAGUACCUGUUAAUACCAUGGGGUGGCGCCGUUACCGUUCUCUGGUGUGGGAUAAACUCAGGAACGAGUUAAGAUUGAUCUAAAUGCAGCUUCUCUGUUUCGGGAAAUCUUAGGUGGCUGGAAACAUAAUUUGUAGUUUAUUUGUUGGGUCUAAACUAAAGAUUAUUCCAUAAGCUUUACAGUUGGUGGAUCACUUCACUGGCUCUGAGAAGAGAGACCUUAUACUGUUAAAAUAUUAAACUGCAUGACUUUGGAAACAGUUGCAUCAUUCUAUAUGGUAAAUUGUCUUGAAUACAAGCUUUUGUACAAGUACACAGCCUUGUUGGGAAUUUAACAGGAAUUUCAUCAGUACACGCAUCUAGUUAACUUCAUUCUAUAAGCAUAUUUUGUGGUUUGUUUUCACAAUGCCAAAGCUCAAUGGGAAUUUUGUGUUUUGUUUGGGUUGUUUUGAAUCAUACCUGGGUUUUAGUGUUCUGUGAGGUUCCUAUAUAUCAAGUUCCAAGUCCAGGCUGUUAUACAGGCUAUUGUAAUGAACCUGAUCAGACCACCACCCUAUCACACCUACAGUCAACAUCCUGUUGACACAAAUAGCCAGAACAACACAUUUCCAACAGGGUUUGGGGUCUGCAGCUGGAUGAUCCAGUGUUAACAAAGCACUAAUUACACCAUGUCGUGUCUCCACUUCACACAAUAUGGGGUCGAUACUGUACGUCCAUCUUUAUACCAGGUGAUGGAUACCCAGGUUGGUGUUCCAUGUCGGGGUACAAUUACCACUAAGACAAACAUGUCUCAAAGGGAAGCCAGACAGGCAAACACUUGAUUUGAAUUCCUCCACAGAGGAGACAUGCUCUGACUCUAGUCUAUUCAAAAGAUUAAGAAGACAAAAUGCAAGAUUUUCUCUGCACUGAGAACUGCUGCCUAAUUUAACGUCACUGCAGCUUAACCCCAUGAUGAGAUGUGAAUAGCUAUGGUCAUUGAAUUCACAUGAGAUUAUAAGGUCAAUACCAUCAGCAAAAAAAAUUAAACGAUCUUCAAUUUAAGUUUUUCAGUCACCGUGAGGUCUGAGGGGGGGAAAAGUCUGAACUCCUAAGAUAAGGGUUGAAAGGUCAGUGAAAAUGGUGUGCCUGGGUUCUGUCUCUCCCCUGGCACAGCCAGAAGAGCACUGGCCACCCCUCAGAGCCUGGUUCCUCUCUAGGUUUCUUCCUAGGUUCCUGCCUUUUUAUAGGGAGUUUUUCCUAGCCACCAUGCUUCUGCAUUUGGGGUUUUAGGCUGGGUUUCUGUAUAAGCACUUUGUGACAUCUGCUGAUGUUAAAACAGCUUUAUAAAUAAAUUUGAUUUGAAAUGGUCUGUGAGGAAAGUUUAUCCACAGCCUGAACCUGAACCGCACACUGGUGGACUGGAGAUAGGAACAAAAGUCAGGCAUAUAAAAGUUCCAUGGAACAGAAGUCAAAGUCUCCAAAAGCCAAGGCAGAAGAAAAUGGGAAGAAUCAUCAGUUUGCUAUCUGAAGUUUCUGAAGACUGUCAACCUAUAGCAUCAGCUUAUACCAUGGGAAAACUGGUGAAGACUUAGAUGUUGUUUCAUCUGUCACACAGAAAGCAAAAAUAAGAGAAGCCCUUUUGCAAUAGACAAAACCACAGAGUUGGCUCUGCAAGAUACAUUUAGGUCACACUGCAUGUGCAUGGAGAGAGAUGAGCUAGAAGGCUGCUCUGCAUGAGCAACUUCCGUACCAGAGAUCAUAACUUGUUGAAUGUUUUGAAGUGGGACUGUUUUUUUUAUUAUGUCCACCACCAAGGUGACAUCAAACCAAAAAACAAACUCUCCGGGAGCACCUUCACUCAGGGCUUUCUUAGUGGUCGUCUGACUGACUGUGUAGAGUAUGAACAACCACAGUUCUGGAUCGUACCACCCUCCGGCUGAACCAUUGGUGAUGCCUGUUCUGGUGGUAAUUAUCUUCGUGACGGUUGCUGGCAACCUACUGGUCAUCCUCACCAUCGCCCGCACCCUCCACCUCCAGACCACCACCAACAUCUUUGUCAUCUCCCUGGCCUGUGUUGACCUUAUCAUGGGCUGCCUGGUGCAGCCUCUGGGGGCCUCCCUAGUGGUGACGGGGGACUGGCUCCUUAGCGGCACAGCCUGUGAGCUAUGGACAUCCAUGGAUGUCCUCUGUGUGACAGCCAGCAUUGAGACGCUGUGCACCAUCGCUGUGGAUCGCUAUAUCGCCAUCACACGGCCUCUCAGGUACCAGUCUCUGCUUGGGAAACGUCAGGCGUGGCUCAUGGUGUGUGUGGUGUGGGGUGUGGCAGCCCUCAUCUCUAUAGUCCCAAUCAUGAGCCAGUCGUGGCGUGCUCAUAACGACACCGGGAGCAUGCAGUGCUACGAGGAUCCACACUGCUGUGACUUCAUCACCAACAUGCCCUACGCCAUCGUGUCCUCUGUUGUGUCCUUCUACGUCCCCCUGCUGAUCAUGAUCUUCAUCUACAGCAGAGUCUUCCUCAUCGCCACACGGCAGGUCAGGCUUAUGAAUGAAAACAAUCUGCGUUUCCUCAAUUGGUGUGACAUCCCCCCAUCAGAGUGCCAAAUAGUCAGCCCUGGGAGUCCCAAUGGCAGGGAUGGGAGCAUCACUGGCAGGGCUGUGAGUCCCACUGGUAGUAUCACUGGCAGGGCUGGGAGCACCACUGGCAGAGCUGGGAGCAUGAACAGGACUGGGAACAAUGGCAGGGCUGGGAGCAGCUUCAUUUUCGACUCCAUACAGUGGAGAAGCCAGGGCCGCAGGCACACUCGGGUAACUGUCCUAAAGGAACACAAAGCCAUCAAGACCCUGGGGAUCAUCAUGGGGACCUUUACUCUGUGCUGGUUGCCCUUUUUUGUGUCCAACAUCAUCAAGGUGUUUGACCCAGAUAUCCCCACCAGGGAAGUUUUUAUUCUGCUCAACUGGCUGGGCUACCUGAACUCAGGCCUCAACCCCAUCAUCUACUGCCACAGCCCAGAGUUUCGCUCAGCCUUCCGGAAUCUUCUAUGUUGCCUGUGGCUCUCUAAGGUGGGGCUCAACAGAGUCUUCAAGGGGCUGUGGACUAGUGCCAUGUUGGAGGAGAGUAGAGCCAAUGCAGGGACACACAGCUGCCAGGGCCUGAGACAGGGGCAGAGGCAGGGGCAGAGGCAGGAUCAGGAGCAUGGACUGGGGCAGGAUCAGGAGCAUGGACUGGGGCAGGAGGCACUGUCUCUGCCGGUAACACCCAUUCAACACAGUCCAGACGGAAUGGAUGUCACUGACACAGCGACAGUCUGAGAGAAAGUCACACCUAUAUGGUAUAUACAGCAUGAAUGCCCUAGCUCUAUUUGGUUGAUUGCAUUGUUGGCUUCAUCAAAUUUACAUGAUACACAAGGGUUCAAAAAGGUUUUUUUCGGCUGUCCCCAUAGCAUAACUCUUUUUUGUUCCAGAGAGAACCCUUUUUUGGUUCAAUAUAGAACCCUUUUGGGUUGCAUGUAGAACCCUCUGUGGAAAAGGUCCUACAUGGAACCCAAAGGGGUUCUUCAAAGGGUUCUCCUAUGGGGAAGGCAAAAGAAGCCUUUUAGGUUCCAUAUAGGACCUUUUUUUAAGAGUGUACA